AUGGACAGUAGUAAUAGUGAAGAGGAAGAAAAGCAAAAUUUUUCAGCUUUUAGUAAAUUCGACGAAAGUAUUGAAGUUAAAAACGCAGAAGAAGUCAAAAGUCCGCAAAGUGGUCGAUCUUCUACGAUGAAAAAAAGUGCAAAAAUGGCAUCAAAUGGUAGAAAUGAUAAUGUGGAUAUUAAUUCACCAUUAGGAAAACGUAGUUUUAGAAGGUUUUCGGAGCAUGAAAAUUCAUUCGAGAAACCUAUAGGAAGUGAUCCAUCAGAUAGUGAGGAAACUGAUGAUGAUGAUAUUGAAGGUACAGCUGUAAAGAAGCCUAUGGAACUUUACAAUCCUAAGGACUUUGAAAAUUUAGAAGCAUCUGCAGAAGUUAAGGAACUCUUUCAGAAUAUAAUGAGAUAUACACCUCAGAGGAUUGAAUUGAAUUAUAAGCUUGCCCCUUACAUCCCAGACUUUAUACCGGCUGUUGGAGAUAUUGAUGCCUUUAUCAAAGUACCUAGACCUGAUGGAGUAGAUGACAAAGUUGGUCUAGUUGUAUUAGAUGAACCAUGCGCAAAUCAGUCAGAACCAGCAGUUUUGCAUCUUCAGCUGCGAAGUCAGAGCAAAAGUGCGGAUGCUCGUAAACAUGUGGUGAUAAAAAGGAUUGAGGAUGCUGAGAAAAAUCCUAAAGCCAUCGAUAAGUGGAUUGAAGACAUUAAUCAGUUGCAUCGAAGCAAACCCAUUCCUACUGUAAGACUGACUCAACCGAUGCCUGAUAUUGAUACUUUGUUGCAACAGUGGCCGACUGAUAUCGAAGAUAAACUAAAAAGUGAUCAGCUAGAUUUGAUCCAAGAAAAUAGUGACUUAACACAAUUCGUUGAUAAUAUUUGCAGCCUUGUACAUAUUCCAGUUACUCCUGAAACAAGAAUCGAAUCCCUUCAUACAUUAUUCACACUUUUUUUAGAAGUAAGAAAUAUUAAAGAAAACUCCUUUUAAAUACUUGAAAUA